GGUUAGUAGUCCUGUCCACUGAGGCCGGUUAAGAGUGAGGUCAUUAGCUUGGAUGUGUGCUACUAGUGUAGGAGUGCGGGAGAAGGGGAGGGGAUGACAGGAAGAGAGUGAGUGCCUUUCCCGCUGUAUUGCUAUUGCUCUCCUGCUGCAGGUUACCGGAUACGCUGCAACUCCUGCGCCUUUCCUACUUCUGGCAAGGAAGCUUGUCAAUGUUUACAGGGAGCGUUAGCUGUGUUGCCAGUGUACGAGCUCUCGCCGGACACCGUACGGACUUUAGAGGAGACUAAACUGACACAACUGUAGCCUUUUCAUCGUGGUUGACAAUCACUUUUUAUAAAGAAAUCCGCAAACAAUAUUUCUUUCUGGAGUUGUGGCAUUCGUGGUUACAAUGGGUAACCAUGGAGAUCUGUGUGUAGAUUCCUGCCCUGGCAUCUGCUUCAAGCUGUUAUAACUGCAUGAUUUGAAUUCAAGUCCCCCAACAGUUGGCAGAGUAUUAAUGAUAUGCUUAAAUGUUCAUGAAGCAUUCAGAGAUUAUGUAAAAUGAUUAAUACCGUAUAGGUCUAAUGGUGAUGUGGGAGUUAUUUACGUGUACAUUGCUAUUCACAUAUAUCCUGAAACAGAGAAACCGGUGUCUUGGUGAAUUCUGGUGCUGAUGACUGAAUGAAUUUCCAUCAUGAGUGACGGCAAAUGUGAUAGUCAGUUUUACAGUGUUCAAGUUGCUGACUCUACCUUUACGGUGCUAAAAAGAUACCAACAACUAAAAUCCAUCGGGUCCGGUGCACAGGGCAUUGUGUGUGCUGCAUUUGACACUGUUCUUGGAAUUAAUGUUGCUGUGAAAAAACUUAGCAGACCCUUUCAAAAUCAAACUCAUGCAAAAAGAGCCUACAGGGAAUUAGUUCUUUUAAAAUGUGUCAAUCAUAAAAAUAUAAUUAAUUUGUUGAAUGUAUUCACGCCACAAAAGUCUUUGGACGAGUUUCAAGAUGUAUAUUUGGUCAUGGAACUGAUGGAUGCCAACUUAUGUCAAGUAAUUCAUAUGGAAUUAGAUCAUGAGCGAAUGUCAUAUCUCUUAUAUCAGAUGUUGUGUGGCAUCAAGCAUCUGCAUUCUGCUGGAAUUAUCCAUAGAGAUUUGAAACCCAGCAAUAUAGUUGUAAAAUCAGACUGUACUCUGAAGAUACUUGACUUUGGACUGGCGAGAACUGCAUGCACUAAUUUUAUGAUGACCCCAUAUGUAGUAACAAGAUAUUACCGAGCCCCAGAGGUUAUCCUUGGUAUGGGGUACAAAGAAAACGUUGAUAUCUGGUCAGUGGGGUGCAUCAUGGGAGAAUUGGUGAAAGGUUGUGUGAUAUUCCAAGGCACUGAUCAUAUUGAUCAAUGGAAUAAAGUUAUUGAACAAUUAGGAACACCAUUACCAGAGUUUAUGAAAAAACUACAGCCUACAGUGAGGAAUUAUGUUGAAAAUAGACCAAAAUAUCCUGGUAUUAGAUUUGAAGAGCUUUUUCCAGACUGGAUAUUUCCAUCGGAAUCGGAGAGUGACAAGCUAAAAACAAGUCAUGCAAGAGAUUUAUUAUCUAAAAUGCUAGUCAUAGAUCCGGAUAAGCGUAUUUCUGUAGAUGAAGCUUUGCGCCACCCCUACAUCAGUGUCUGGUAUGACCCGGCUGAAGCAGAAGCACCCCCUCCAGAGAUCUAUGAUGCCCAGUUGGAAGAAAGAGAACAUGCAAUAGAGGAAUGGAAAGAACUUAUAUAUAAAGAAGUGCUAGACUGGGAAGAAAGGAGCAAAAAUGGUAUUACAAAAGAACAGUGUUCAGAUGCAGCAGUAAACAGCAACACCACUCCGUCCCAGUCUUCCUCAUUCAACGACAUCUCAUCCAUGUCUACAGAACAGACCUUGGCAUCAGAUACAGACAGUAGCCUGGAUGCUUUGACAGAGCCCUUGGAAGAAUGUCAUUGAUCAGCUGUCAAAUGUUCAUCCAAUUUGCUAUCUUUUAUUAUUUUAAUUUUUUUCUUUAUUUAAAAAAAAAAAAAGCUUCCUUGGACUGAAUUUGCUUUUAAGUUAAAGGAGUAAAAUGGGGAAUUACCAUGUUUUGCAUGUUUUAGAGCAAUGCCUGGUUUUACUCAGAUACAGGUAUAAAAACUGACUGGUUUAUGUUGCUGAGUUCUAAAGUUUCAUUCUGGGAAUGUUUCAUAGCGAUUUGUAAUCAUUUUCAGGUGAGCAGUUAACGUUAAAACAAGGUGAAUAAAUUUAAAUGAAAAAUGGACAUAAAAUUGUUACAUUAUAGUAAUGAUCUAACAAUUUACAUUAAUUUAAAGUCUUAAACAUUUUAGUUCAUAUUUUCUUACAUUGUUGAAAUGCUUAGAAAAAUAUUAGUUUAUUAGAUCUUUUACUGUUAGGUACAAAACUAUUAAUAUUUUAUUGUAAAUAGUUACAUACCUACAGACCGGUUAGCCUUUUUAUGUUUUUUGUUUGAAUAUGUGAAUAUUUCACUGUUUACAAGUCUUGUAUCAUUUUAUAAUGAAAGGUUGUUUUCUUUUAGAAAUAUAUAUCAUGCUCUGGUAUUUGAUUUUAAAGAGACUCUGAAAUUCUGUGUUUUUAAUCAUUUAUAUGGAGGCUAGUAAUUAAACCUGCUAGUCUUCUUAUCUUGUAAAAAAAAAAAAAAAAGAUAAUAUAAAUUAUUUGCGUAAAAGCUCCUUAAAUGGAAACUUGCAAGAAUUGCAAAUACUGCUGUAGUAAUGCGGACUGGCUGUCAGGGACCAUUCCAACUACUUUUAGUGUUCACUGGCGAAUGUAUUUUAAGACACCCUGUUCAUAUGCAAAGAAAUAAAUAGAAUUUAUUUUCCUUAGUACGUGUGCACCAUACCAUUUACAUUUAGAAUGAAGAAAAAAAGGACUUACUAAAAUGGUGUUCUGUGUCGCUUUGUGCGUUAUAGUACAAAUUCUACAGCACCAUGACAGCAUGCAAGUAUUUAUCUUUUGUAAAAAGAAAUAGUUGCAUAGUAAAGAUACUCAGCUCCUGCUAUUAUAAUAAUCCAGGUCCAGUAGUACUAAACACUUGUUGCUACUGUUUGCUGACUGCCGAAGAAUACUGUUGUACACUAUAGGUCACAAUCUUCAGUCUUUUUGUUUGUGUGUGUGUUUAUUAUACCCCAUCAAAAUACUGUAGUAUACUAUUUCAUGAUCAACAUACCUGGUGAAGCAUUUUUCUAUGUACAAAAUGCCACACAUUUAAAAUAAAAAAGGGCUACAUAUUAGACAAAAACUACAUGACAUGGUUUAGUUUAUAUAUAACCACCUUAUGACAAUAAAAAGUAAAAUAUAUAUUUACCUUUACAAAUUUAAAUUCAUUUUUAAGUUGCAUGUCUUUGUAUGCUAAGUUACAUAAUGGAGAAAAUUAUAGGCCUUAUAUCUGUGCCCUUUAUUGGUAAUUAGGUGUAGUAGACAAACCGUUUAUAAUGCAGGUGCAUGAAGCAUGUUAAGAUAUGCUUCACAUGCACAGUUACAGCUCACACUAAAACAGUGAUGGCAAAUAUAUUGCAAAAUUUGAAAUACAUUGAUGUGCUUUACUUUGCUGGAAUAUCCCUUUAAGAUACUUGUUUGCAAUAUGCGAACAAAACAAAAAAUCAAGUCCAAUGUGUAUAUUGUUUCUGUAUCUCUUUGUUAUGGCAGAAGCUAUACAAGCGGUCACUGCUUCUUUUUCUGACCUUUAGUUUUAAUGACUAGAUAAUUUUAAAUUUGCCACACUUCUGGUUUGUUGUUAAUAUUAACUUGGUGAAAUAAUACUUAAAUUUGCCACAGGUGCCAUUUGAACUACAUAAAUAAUUUAUAUAUUUGGAGAGGGAUAUAUAAACAUAUUUUCACAAGCUAUACAAUAUGCAGACUUUCAGAUAUAAGGUUCUUAUUAUAAAUAACUAUAUUCUAGAUAUAAGCAAAUGAUGCAGGCUACAUUGGUUAAAAGAUGGCAAAAUGUUUUGUUCAAAUGAUUUCCUUUUUUAAGUCCCUUUUUUGUUUUUGCUCUAAAAAGGCUGCAGAAUAAGGCAUGUAUAAUCUGUUCUGUCCUCAGUCACUACAUUUGUAAAAAAAAUGGGUUUUAGCCUACAGUCUAUAAUGAAGUACACAGUUGGUACAAAAAGCUCAUUCAGAGCAUCAUGCAGACAUUCUUUUCUCAUCAUCCUUAUCCAUUUCUACCAGCAGAAUUGAAUACAAAUUGUCUGCUUUUGCCAUCUCUUAAUUGUACCAAACAAAAAAUACAGUACAAUUUAAUAUUGUCAGAUUUAUCAGAGUAUAAAACUUAGGGUUUUUUUGAAACUUUCAUAGUGUACCAUUAACAUAUCAUCAUUCGAAUUCAAAGGUUCAUGUUUUGCUUUAAAAAAAUCCAUUAAACGUUUACAUUAUUGAAUAAUUCCAAAUGUGUGAUUGUCAGGGAAAAGUAACACCCUAAGGGAUCUUCUGCUAUAAAGCGUCCUACAAUAAAAUAUAAAAAUGCAUUUGAGUUUUCAUGUUCAAAAACCGAAGACUUGAUGAAAACAAGGGUCAAAAACAUACUAAGGGGUAGAUUUAUCAUUGCACAAGCAUUUGUAGUGAACUGCUUGUGCAAUGUUGCCCCCUGCUCACCGUAUCAGGGCCGGGAUGAUUUCAGUCCACCACCUAAAAGGUGUCAGGAAAAGUUAAGGAGCAGCGGUAUUACGACCGCUGCUUCUUCUGUUUCAGACAAGCCUGAAAUGAUGGGCAUAGAAAUCAGCAUCCACUGCUUUAAUAAAUCUUCCCCUAAGUAUACAGUAUAUAAAGGGUUGAAGUUGUGAAUGUAACAGAAUUGUGUUUGUUACCUCUCUUUUUUUUUUUCUUUUAAGUAAAGGGCUAAUAAUAAUAAUCAUAGUAUAAAUCAGGUUUAUGGAACAUGCACUCCAAGACGUUAACAGCAGUUAUAUCAGUUAUUGAGAUUGCUCUUCUGGUGUUAGAGACACUUGAAAGUGUAAAAAUAGGCAUCCGCUCUACCUUUUAUGCAACAUUUUAUAUUUUUACCUUUUUAUAAUUUACCAUAGAUUUUUAUUCAAAAUAUUUUAAGUUCCUAUGAGAAAAUUUACAGUAACUGUAUAGUAUUUCAAGAGUUAGUAUUGCUUUGUGGUAGAUAUGACAAAGUUAAGAAAUGUCUAACUCCCUCUUUGCAUUUCCUAAACAGUGCCCCUCUCAGACUUUUUCUGGCAGAAUAUAUGCAACUAAAAAGAAUUAAUUACGGUUUUAGAAAAAUCUGUCCCCCAGCGAUAGAGAAGUACAAUGAAAACAUUAAGUACGUGUCAAGACACAUGUAAGUUCAGAUACAAAAGGAGAUUGAGGUUGGUUGGAAAAUGUGAAAGUGUAACUAGGUGAAAACGGUUGUAGCCAAGCUUGAUGAGUUAAAGUAUGUGUGGGCCACAAAUGUUGGCAGAAUGUUAUGGGUUUCUUAUAAAUCACCAACAUAUUGGUGAAAAUUUAAUGGAGCUAGUGAGGUAAUUCUAUAUAGUAGGUGCAGUAUGUGUAACGUCCUGUAAAGUUGCAAGCUGGAAAAUGACACUUUUUGAGCAUAUAUGAAAUGCAAAUAGUUAUUAGGGUAAUAAGAAAACAAGAGUGAUCAGUUUUGACCCCUCUCCAUUGUAUUUUAUACUUCCUCUGUCUUAUAGCAAUGAGUGAUAUGGAGUAUAUUUGACUUUUUCCCCUUAAUUGUGGUUUGUGAUUUUGCGUGUUUUUUUGUUGUUGUUUUUUGUUAUGAUUGUGUGUCUGGUUAUGACAUAGAAAUUCUUUGUUUUAAAUGUAUGCAUGUAUGUAUAUGUGUUUUUUGCAUAUUUGUGUGCGCCUUUGUACAUCUGGCCUUAUCACUUAUAGUUCAUAAAGAAUCCAAUCCAUGUAUAACUUGGGAAGCCCAAAUAGUUUGAUGAUUUGCAGUUUGGAUACAUAGUGAACACGUAAUUACAAGACAUUUCUGGUGUGUUGCUAUAGAAUAACAUGCUAGACAAGUCAAAUCAUUUUAAAAACAAAUUGCCAUAUUGUUUGCUGCAAUAGUUUUUCAAUAGCAAAGCUCCACCCACCAGUUUCCUUAUUUAUAAGAACCAAUCUUGGAUUGAAUCUGCAGACAAUAAGGCUAACCACGGUCAUUAUGUUUGUAUAAAGGAUAUUAUUUUGCAGAUUUUAUCCACUAAGCCAAUUUGGGAAAUAUAUAUUGUAACUAAACUUUUUAUAUACUUAAAAAAUAUAUAUAUAUAUCAAGUUAGUUACUGUGCCUUUAAGUGCCCUGAGAUAUUUUGUGUAAAGUUUAUUCUUAUGAGCUUAAUACACUCUAAAAGUUUUAAGGAGUUUGUGCCUAAUACAUAGGCACAUUUUACUUCUUUUUUUUUUUUCUCUUUUCUCCCAUAAUGAUAUUAAGUCGCGUGUCACAUGGAUUGUAGUUGCAGCAGUGAGUCAAGGCAGUUAGAUAUUUAUUUUGGGUAGGAUGUAACUGUAUUUCAGAUGUCAUACAUACUAAACCGUACUAAUACAGGCCUAAAAUCAUAGCAGCUAAACGUAAAAGGCGUGUUCAAAAUGGUUUAUACUGCUCACCUGAAAAUUUCUUAUGUUUUGACUGAGAUCACUGAACAGUUUCAAAUGUACUAAGGGUGCAUUAAAGUUUAGGUUAACAUAUUUUUUACUUCAUCAGAUGUGAGAUGCACCUUAAAACAAUGCCAAAUGGAAUGUGUAUUAAUCAAGUAUUUUAUUUCACUUGUACUUAUUGUGGUCUUCCUUGAUUUUGUGACUAUAUGGAUACAUUGGGAAGCUGAUCAUGUUGUAAGCUAUAAAGCUUUUAGAAUAGUGUAUAUGCAAUACUUCGAUUUUGAUAAGCUUUGUCUGCAGCGACAUACUCUCAAGAACACAUUACUUGCAACACACUAGCUAUUCAUGUUUUUAAAUACAAUAUGUUCACAAAUUUCACUUGAAAAUUCUAUAUUUAUUCAUUGCUGAAAAAUGUUUUCUUCAUCGAUUGAAUUGUGACUUUUUUUUUUUCUUUUUAUGCCUAAAAUCCCGUUAGAAUCACUUUUAUUCUUAUAUUUAUGUGAAUACACAUAAACAGUAGUUAUUUAAAUUUUGUAGUUAAUCGAAUAUGCCAAUAUUGGCAAUUCAAAAAGAAGAAAUGCAAUUUAUUUUUUUGGUUCUAGUUUAUUUUUAUAUUAUUUACUUUAAACUUUUGUAAUUUCUUUACAUUAAGGAAAAUAGUUCUACUGUUACAAUGUUUUAAGAGUUGAUGUAGACAAAGCUUUGAAGAAAAUAAUGUUGCUAUAAACUUAGUAAUUAUUAAAGUCUUGUAAAAUAA